UAAUUCUCGUAUUUUGCAUUUUCUUUUAUAAUACAGAGUCAUCAACAACCAUAGGUUCUUCUCUCUCACAUUCUUAGGUUCUCAAAGUUCUGAGUGAUCUUCUCUGGUUUAGAAAAUCUACUUUGGAUUUGAUUCUGCUACUUCCUGCACAUCAAAGAAUCUGGGCGUUGAAAAAUUGUCAUUUUCUCUCACAAAGCUUUUGUAACACGGUGGUGGUAUAUAUGGGAGUUGUGACUGUUUCUAGCUCAGCUGCCAGGACACCACUAGGAUUAAAUACAAAGUUUAGCACUCAUGGAUCUACCCUGAAGAGGCCUUUAAUCGUAGCAUUUAAAGGAGAUAAGCACAAUGAUUCGGCACUGAUUGCGACGAAAGAGAAAGUUCCUAUCCACAUUGAAAUGGAGAAAAGUAAUAAUAAGAAACGGAUGGGAAAGACUAACAAAUCACCCAAGCGAGGGAGAACUAUCUCUACAGAGGAAUCUGCGCUGUUGGAUGUCGACUACAACGAGGCUGCUGCCAUACUUGAAAACAUAUACAAACUUAGCUCUGCAUCCGAAACUCACAAUGCAGAAUAUAUAGAUACUAAGACCAAGAGAGUGUUGCGUCGGGGGAAGAAGAUUGCUGAUAAAGAAGGGGAGUUAAACAAUAAUGAUAGGACCAGGGUGAUUAGAAAUAGAAAUUCCAAGGCAAAACGACUAAGUCUUGAUAAGAGGAUUGCUUUGAAAAACAACAUUCCCACUCUAAAGAAAAGAAAUGUUAAGGAUAACAGUGAGAAGAUUGAGGAACUUGUUAGGGAAUAUUCAGCAUCUACAGAUCUUGUUAGUUUGGACUGGAAGAAAAUGAAAAUACCUCCGGUUCUUCCUUCUUCAGAGCAUACUUGGUUGUUCAAGUUGAUGCAACCUAUGAAGGCACUUCUUCAAGUGAAAGAGGAUUUGCAGAAGGAGCUAGGUAGAGAACCUACAGAGGCUGAAUUAGCUGACGCAACAAAUAUGAACGUUUCUCAAGUGAAGAAAACUAUAGAGGUCGGCCGAGCUGCAAGAAACAAGCUCAUCAAGCACAACCUCCGGCUUGUGUUAUUUGUGAUCAACAAAUAUUUUUCGGAUUUUGGCAAUAGCCCACGGUUUCAAGAUCUGUGUCAGGCAGGAGUUAAAGGUCUCAUUACAUCAAUUGAUCGUUUCGAGCCGAACAGAAGAUUCCGGCUAUCCACCUAUGGAUUGUUUUGGAUAAGACAUUCCAUCAUUCGUUCAAUGACCCUCUCAAGCUUCACACGUGUUCCCUUUGGACUUGAAUCAGUUAGGGCAGAUAUCCAAAGAGCUAAACUGGAGUUGAAGUUUGAGCUUCAGAAGCAGCCAACAGAUGAAGAAAUAAUGGAGAGAGCUCAAAUCUCCCCAGAACGAUACUAUGAUGUAAUGAAGGCAUCAAAAUCCAUUCUUUCCUUGAAUGCGCGGCAUUCAACCACACAAGAGGAGUUUAUAAAUGGGAUUACUGACGAUGAUGGUGUCAACGGUGAUAAUAGAAGGCAACAUGCUCUACUAAGGCUUGCUCUUGACGAUGUGCUUGAUUCCCUGAAGCCAAAGGAGAGCUUGGUGAUAAGACAAAGAUUUGGACUGGAUGGUAAGGGAGAUAGAACAUUGGGGGAAAUAGCUGGGAACUUGAACAUUUCUAGGGAAAUGGUAAGAAAGCAUGAAGUCAAGGCUCUCAUGAAGCUCAAGCACCCAGCUCGAUUGGAUUAUCUUCGUCGUUAUGUUGUAUAAAAUCCAUUAAUAAUGUAUUAUUAUUAUUAUUAUUACUAUUAUUACUAUGUAUAUGCCUCUCGCUUCCCUUACACAAAUUAAAUAUUUGUCAUGUCUCAUUAGCCAUACAGUAGUUUGAUGUGUUAAUCAAUUUGUGUCACUGGUCCACACAAAAUCAUAAUUAAUCGUAUAUUCGUCAUGUAAUUUGUAUACCAUAGACUUUGAAAUUGCAUAUAAGGUACAUAAUAAUGACAGAUACAUGUUA